UUAGGGUUAGGGUUUGAUUGCAACAUGGCUUCGUCUUCCUCCGAUCCCGGCAAGUCGGCGGAGACGUCGGAAGUGGCGGUGGCGAGCGACCAGAUGUUACUGUACAGAGGAUUGAAGAAAGCGAAGAAAGAGAGAGGUUGCACUGCCAAAGAGCGCAUAAGCAAAAUGCCUCCAUGUGCUGCCGGCAAACGCAGUUCCAUAUACCGCGGUGUUACUAGGCAUAGAUGGACUGGUCGUUAUGAAGCGCAUCUUUGGGAUAAAAGUACAUGGAACCAAAAUCAGAAUAAGAAAGGAAAGCAAGUUUACUUGGGGGCAUAUGAUGAUGAGGAAGCUGCCGCUAGAGCAUAUGACCUUGCUGCUCUCAAAUAUUGGGGUCCUGGAACUCUCAUUAAUUUUCCGGUGACUGAUUACACGAGAGAUCUUGAAGAAAUGCAGAAUGUUUCGAGAGAAGAGUACCUUGCAUCUUUACGGCGGUAUGCUUUCUGCAGGAAGAGCAGUGGGUUUUCAAGAGGACUAUCGAAAUAUCGUGGACUCUCCAGUCGAUGGGAGCCAUCAUAUGGCCGAAUGGCGGGAUCUGAUUACUUCAAUAGCAUACAUUAUGCUGCAGGGGAAGAUUCCGCAGCUGAAAGUGAAUAUGUAAGCGGUUUCUGCUUAGAAAGAAAGAUCGAUUUGACAAGUCACAUCAAAUGGUGGGGAUCUAAUAAGAGUCGACAACCUGAUAAUACUGGAACAAGAUUAUCAGAAGAAAAGAAACUUGGUUCUGCUGGAGAUAUUUGCAGUGAACUCAAACAAUUGGAACAGAGAGUCCAACCCACAGAACCUUACAAGAUGCCACAAUUAGGCAAGCCCCACGAUGAGAAAAGGCGAAGAAGUUCUUCAGUCUCUGCGUUAAGUGUCUUGUCACAAUCUGCUGCUUACAAGAGCUUGCAAGAGAAAGCAUCAAAGAGACAGGAGAAUAGCACUGAUAAUGAUGAGAAUGAAAACAAAAAUACAGUCAAUAAGUUGGAUCAUGGAAAGGCAGUUGAGAAACUUUCUAAUCACGAUGGAGGAAGUGAUCGGCUUGACAUUACAAUGGGAAUGAGUGGGACAAUGUCUCUUCAAAGAAAUGUGUACCCAUUGAUGCCAUUCUUGUCUGCACCGCUUUUGACAGCCUACAACACUGUUGAUCCAUUGGCAGAUCCUGUUCUCUGGACAUCUCUUGCUCCUAUGCUUCCUGCUGGCCUUUCUCGUACAGCUGAGGUUACAAAGACCGAGACCAGCUCAACAUACACUAUGUUUCAGCCAGAGGAGUGAUUGGACAUCUGAAUUUCGAAUUGAAGAAUGGCAAGCACCUGGAAGCUGGGCUUGUAUCAAACAACAGUGUAAAGGUCUGAAG